UCUAGAACACAGCAUUUGCAUCUGCAUUUAUAAUCUGUUUACUGACGUCUAUUAUUGUAGAGGUAAUGCUCAACGAAUAAUGAAUUAACUAUUUGCUAAUGCUUCAUAAAUGAUUCUUAGUGUGUAGUUAUUAUAAAGUGCUGCACAAAACUGCAUAUAUAUUAAUUUGGACAGUUUAAUAACCAUUUAUUAACUCAUUCUAAAUGAUCUUACAAUAGCAUCAACUAUUCUUAAAUAACUGGUUUGUAAAUAAUGCAAUACUUAAUUUAGUUAUAAAAAAUUACUUAUUAAAACAUAAUCAUUAAGUCUAGGACUCAGCAUUUGCAUCUGCAUUUAUAAUCUGCUUACUGACGUCUAUUAAUGUAGAGGUAAUGCUCAACGAAUAAUGAAUUAACUAUUUGCUAAUGCUUCAUAAAUAGCUAUUAUAAAUUGUUGCUGCCUCAUGAGAUGCUUUUUUUUUCUCAAAGUUAUAUCUUGUAAAAGUGUUUUAAAAUGAAAAUGUGAUUCCUCAGUAAAACUCCUCUCUGUCUCUCUCUUCGUUCUGCACUCUGUCUGAUUGGAGGCAUUCACAGACUGCAUCUCCCAUCAGGCCUUUAAACGACCCUCUUCAUAAUUGCCCUAUCAUUAAUUCUCCAGGAAAGUAAAGGCACCAAUAAAUUGUGUUCAGUGGUGGUCGAUACGUCCUGCAGAAAACACUAAGAGGGAGGGCGAGAUAAACGAGGGGUGUUCUGGAAAGCAUCUGUGAUAUUCCACUACAGCGCACUAGGCUAAUUCUGUCACUGAAUGCAUGCGCACCAAUAUUUAUUGCACUGAUGAAUAAACAUUAAUGUGUAGCUUCUCUGAAGCUAAUUGGAUGCCUUAAAUGGAUAGCAGUAGUCACAAAAAAAACACAGUCACUUCAAUGUCAUUUCUAUUCGCACUGUUUUGUUUUCUCUGUCCAUUUUGGGAAGGGGAAACAAAGGCAGUGCUGGCAGUAGUAACAGGCUAAUAUUGGCUACAGAGGGCAGCUGACCGACUGCCUCCUGUAUAUUUAGCUCAGGGCCAAUACGCGAGGAGAGGUGUAACAGACAUUGGCUGGCAUUCGCUUCUAAAGGCGUGGGUCUAGUGUGUGUGUGUGUGUGUGUGUGUGUGUGUGUGUGUGUGUGUGUGUGUGUUUGUUUGUGUGUGUGUGUGUGUGUGUGUGAGAGAGAGAGAGAGAGAGAGAGAGAGAGGAGGGCUGGACUGCUUCAUAUCAGUAUUGGGUGCUAUUGGAGGUAGAGCGCACGCCGGCAGCAUGAUUCUCUUCACAUUUGGACUAUGUUUUCAACUUCUCUGCUAUGUGUUGUCUUUCUCAUACGUGGAUGACUUAUUCCCUUUUCCAACAGAUCAUCAGUUGUUGGAAACCAGGAAGAAAUUCAACCCCUGCUGUUUACUGAGUCCACCUCCACCCCCUCUCUUUCCCCCACCCCCUUCACUGUGGAGGCAGGGGUCUCUGAUUGCAUUGAAAGCACCUCAACCUGCUCCAUCUAUGACAAAGACUGAGACUAGUGUUACAGCAAAUGAAGGAUUCACAGAAGAGAAGCACAAUCCUACAACCCACACAUGUUCUUCAGGGCCUCCUGGGCCCCCAGGACCAGCAGGACCUCCUGGCCCACAGGGUCCUGCUGGACUGCCAGGACCAAAGGGACCAAAGGGAGAUAAGGGUGAAAUUGGAAGACCUGGACAAAAGGGGCGCACUGGUCCUCCUGGUCUUCCAGGACGUCAGGGACCAAGCGGAUGGCAAGGACCAACUGGGCCUAAAGGGGAGAAAGGUGACCCGGGAUUGAUGGGAUUGCCAGGGGCUAGAGGACCAAUGGGACCCAAGGGCUUACAUGGAUUUAAAGGGGAAAAAGGUUCACAAGGUUUCAGAGGUGAAAUUGGCUUAAAAGGUGACCGAGGAUCAAUGGGUCUACCUGGAAUGCUGGGACAAAAGGGUGAAAUGGGCCCUAAAGGAGAACCUGGAAGCUCGGGAAACAGGGGACCCACUGGCCGCCCAGGAAAAAGAGGAAAGCAGGGGUCAAAAGGUGACACUGGUGCAAUUGGACCCAUGGGACCUGGAGGCCCUCCUGGGGCCCCUGGUCAUCCUGGCCCUCCUGGAGUGUCCGCCUCAGGACUGUAUAUGGUCGGACAAAAAGGAGACAAAGGACAACAAGGUAGUCCGGGUCGCUGUAGCUGUAAUGUCCCAGCCAACCCCUCUUUGGACCACCUGCACUGGAGUAUCUAUCCCAGAGUGCCUGCAAUAUUUGUGGUGAAUAAUGAACAGGAGCUGAACCGUGUCCAGACUGAAAAUGCGUUGGCCUUUCGUAAAGAUCAGAGGUCACUUUACUUUAAAGACACUGGCGGCUGGAUGCCAAUUCAGUUAACACCGUUCCAGUCGAUGGAGAGCGAUCCUGAUCCGGAGGGAUUCUGCGGAGACAGCAUUGUGCAAGUUGAAAACGGAGAGGAGUGUGAUGACGGAAAUAAGGUGGUCACAGAUGGCUGUGUCAAAUGCAAACUUGCAUAUUGUGGGGAUGGAUAUCGCUACGAAGAGGCUGAAGAGUGUGAUGGAAAGGACUUUGGCUUUCACACAUGCAGAUCCUUUUUGCCUGGAUCCUAUGGGCACCUCAAGUGCACUGCUGACUGUUUCAUAGACUCAACAAACUGCAAGUAUUUCACAUGAGGACACAAAAAGGCGAUGUAUCGUUUCAGCUGGCGAGAUCCAUAUAAACAACAACACUGAAAACUUUGGAUUCAGCAGAAAAAAUCAGAGGCGAAAACAUUGAGGGGGAUCAUUACACACACACACACAUUAGCUAAGAAGCCAUGUACUGUAGCUCAUUUGGGAAAGGAGCCACGGGUCGGCGUGGGCUCCUAGAAACUCUACCAGGAUGCAUUUCUCCAUUCAUUCAGCCUCUGUUGUCUGCCGCUCUGCACCGGCGAGACAAUUUGGGCCAAUGUGGUUGUAAACGGGAGAGGCGGGUGUCUCGUGGAGAUGGUUGAAGGACUCCUCAUUACCUCAAAGUACUGUGUACUGUUUCAGAGGGAAGACAUUUUCUCCUGGUCCACCUUGGUGCUCUGUUUGUGGAAUGUGAUGUGUUACUAUAAUAUUAAGCAUGGGGCUGAGAUUACUGAAGACGGCAGCAGAGAUCAUUACUGAGAAAAUAAAACAAUAGCAGCUUUACAUCUUGAAGCAUAGUAUAAGAUUUUAGACUUAGACCAAACUGGUGAUUGGCUCGGAUGAAACCUAAAAGUGUAUCUUCUCUUAAAUAUCAAAGAUGUAUGUUAGGGGUAGUACAGUUUUGGAAAACUGGGUCCAAAAUUAGCUUAUUGUCAUACAGCUCCAUCAUUCAUAAACUGAGGAAUAAACUAGAGGGGGAAAAGCUGUUGGCUCUUAAAAUCAAGCAAAAUGAUUUCAGUUGUUAUUGAAACGUUUAUUGCGAGUAGGGCUGCACAACUUUGGCAAAAUUAAACAUUGCAAUAUUUUUUUUAUUCUGCGAUUUAUAUUGCGAUAUGAAUGGAAUUCCACUACAUGAGUUAAAUAACUAUUUGGAAUAGUUAACCAUUUUAGAUUGGGAUAAUUCUGUAAAUGUGGAUUAAAUAUAAGAAAUAGUCUACAAGCGUAGGUAAAUUUGAUAAAGAAAAACAUACCUAUAAAAUAAAUGGCGUUUGAUUGUUAUCCAAUGAGUCGAACUGUAUUUUGGUGUACAGUAACUGGAUAAUCAAAUGUAAAAGGAUACCGCAUAGUCUUUGUUUUAUAAAUAAUUUAAUUGUUAAUAAUUUGUUACAACAGUACAGUACAAUUUCUUAGGUCUGAAUGCUUUUAAAACCCCCACAAAGUCACAGGCCUCAAGAAACACUCACGAAAUGAUCAAUUAUAAUCUAGACUCAAGAUUACGCAUGCUCGCGAUGUGACUAUUGCGAAUGAUUGCAUUGCGAUGCUGAAAUGAUAUAUUGUGCAGCUCUAAUUGUGAGCAUUGAAACAAACAUUUCUAGUAAUUAUGAAACAAAACGUCAGGAAAUACUAGUAGUACUUUCUCUAUGAAUAUAUUUUAAAAUGUUAUUUUAUUUCUGUUAUGGUGAAGCUGAAUCUUCAAAACCCCAACCGCCUCAGUGCCACGUGAUCUUUCUGAAGUCAUUCUAAAGUGAUCAUUUGUUGCUCCAUCAUGAUCAAGCAUUGGUAGCGGUUCUUAUUAUUGUCAAAAGAGAUUUUUUUUUUUCACAUUUUAUGUCAUAAGUUUGACACAAUAUACUUUUUUUAGGAGAUUUGUACAAUAGAAAGUUCAAAAUAAAAACAGUUUUAUAGAUACAGUUAGGUCCAUAAAUAUUUGGACAUCAACACAAUUCUAGCAUUUUUGGCUCUGUACA